CCCGCCGAGACUACACUUCCCGGCGAGCCUCGCGGCGAGAGGGGCAGGGAGAUCUCGCGCGAUUUGGGGCUAUAAGCCCGUGCGGCGCGGGGCGGGCGGCCCCUUUCGGCUUCCGGCCGCCCAAGAUGGCGCCCAAGGCGAAGAAGGAGGCCGUGCCUCCGAAGACAGAGGCGAAAGCCAAGGCGCUGAAGGCCAAGAAGGCCGUCCUGAAGGGGGUCCACAGCCACAAGAAGAAGAAGAUCCGCACGUCGCCCACCUUCCGGAGGCCCAAGACCCUGCGCCUGAGGCGGCAGCCCAAGUAUCCGCGGAAGAGUGCCCCACGGAGAAACAAGCUUGACCAUUAUGCCAUUAUCAAGUUCCCUUUGACAACAGAAUCGGCGAUGAAGAAGAUAGAGGACAACAACACUCUGGUUUUCAUCGUCGAUGUCAAGGCAAACAAGCACCAGAUCAAGCAGGCAGUGAAGAAGCUGUAUGACAUCGACGUGGCCAAGGUCAACACGUUGAUCAGGCCUGACGGGGAGAAAAAAGCUUACGUCCGACUGGCUCCAGAUUACGAUGCGCUGGAUGUAGCCAACAAGAUUGGAAUCAUCUAAACUGCAUCAAGGACUGUACAGACAGGACAAUAAACCCUGUAAAACCAC